AUGGAGAUCGAGUACCUGAACAUCAUAAAUUACAACUAUAAAAUAGAAGCGAUGGAGUAUUUAAGCCAAAUGAAUUACCUCCAGGACAUUGGAAAAUCAAUGGGAAUUUAUUCAUGGCACUUGAAUUGCGAAAAAUUGGAAAACAUCAUAAAGAGAUCUGGGUGGCUUUGUGAAGAUUAGAUUAAUUAGUUGAGCGGGUCACGGAGGUUUAUUUCAGCCUCUACCCAGCACUGCCAGCUUCAGGCUCGCGCCCUAUGCACCGGCUCUGUAGCUCACUCCAUUUUCUGUCGACGUCACCAAAAAAUGGUGACGUCGCCAUCUAACAGGGAGACUCACCCAGGUACUCCUUGAUCAGGGGUCUAGUGACCCGGCGCCGUCCUUUCCGGGGAGGGAGAAAAGUAGCCUCCCGGAGUCUCCUUCAGGUCCCCGAAGCUCCCCACAUAAAGAUCUUCCUCACUUCCCUUCUAGUCCUGAAGUUUGACUCCUGAUACAUCGGCUCUGGUCUUCUUGUCUUCGUGAGGGGCAAAAAACCUUGUAGUGGUGUCCCGACCAAGGUAAAAAAAACCCACCCUGGACACAAUAUCCAGGCCCCGUUUACUUCUUAACCCCGUAUUCCCUGAGGGUACAGGAGAAGGACGGGUCGGAUGGCUCGCCAUUUUAAUUGUGUGCUUUGUGAAGAAGAAGUUGAUAAUGAUUGCGGGAUUUAUCACUCUGAAGCGAUGACCUCAAUUGAUAUGGACGAAAUUGAUAAUAAUUAG